GUAUUGUGGUGGCUCUCUUCCGUGCCAUCCGAUUCACAGCCAAGUGCUAAUUAAACUAAUCGAAGGGCUCUUGAGGUGGCAGCCAAAUGAAGCGUGCCCUCCAGGGCUGGCUGGUUGCCUCAGUCCAAACCAGAUUCAAUCAGAUCGGAUCUGUUCGGACCAGCCACCAGUGUACGCAUUACGGGUACGGGUACGGGUACGGGCUUGGGGUAUCUGUUUGGCUAACACUGUAAUUGGCUAAAAGCAUCUAGCAAUCUUUAUCACGAAACCUGUCACUUGUUGCUGCGUUGCGAGUGUAUGCCGAAUGGCUGCAACAUAACUUUUGGACAUAAUUAAGCCAUCAAAACGAGCAGGCCAGGCCAAAAUGCUGGCCAUUUGCGUUGACAGUUGUCACAGAGCACACCGGCACACGGGCACGCGAAAAACACUAAUUAAUUAAAAUAAACUACUUAAAAUGUCGACAAUUUCUGUUUUGGCAUUUGGUUGCAACAUUUGUGGGAUCGUGUGAUGAUAUCUUCAUUUGUUGGAUUUCAUUCCGAAGCCACUCGCAUGGGAAACAGCCCCAAACAAUCUCCUGACAACCAGGAGCCCCCCUCCCCGCCCCCAGGAAACCCCCUCGCCAUGGAAACACAUCAACAAACAACGACCCGGGGGCGUUCGCAGUCCAGUUUUCAGCCAAUCCUCUUGCCAUGCAGUACUCCUGGCUGCCGCAGGAACGCCGUGAGGUCAUCGUCCGCGAGAAGCCGCCGUUGGUCAUCUCAAGCAAGCGGUUCGCCCGCAUCCAGGCCAAUGCCAGCCAGGCGGCCCAGCAGGAGCGCCAGUACCGGCUCCAGCUGCGUGACCAGGCGGAGGAGCAGCUGCGCGCCGGGGGCGAGGAGCUGCUGCGUCAGUUCGGGGGCAGAAAGCUGUGCAUCACCAAGGCGGAGGAGUGCCGCAGGGAGCUGGAGCAGCUGCGGGAGCAGGAGCUGGAGGCCAAGCGACUGGCGGAGGAGGAGAGUGCUGCCUCCCGGCGGGAGGCACAGAGCAGGCAGAAGGAGCGCAUAGCGGCGGCGCAGCAGCUGCUGGAGCAGCUGCGUCCGGGGCCGCGGGAGCUGCAGUGUGCCAGGCUCCAGAGCGAGGUCCUGCGCAGUGUCCAGGCCCAGCGGCAGGUGCAGGAGACCUUCGCCCAGGCCCUGGAGCGGCAGGCGGAGCGGGACAGGCGCAUCUACCACGAGCAGGUGCUCAACGGGAUAGAGGAGGCCCAGCGGCGUCGGGCCGAGCGCUGCCAGCAGCUCGGGGAGCACAAGCAGGACCUGCUCAGCGCCAUCGCAGAGCGGGAGAAGGAGCGCCAGGCGGCCAAGGCCGAGGAGCACGAGCAGGCACGCCAGGAGCGGGAGCGGAACCAGCGGCAGCUGAGGGAGCAGCAGCGCAGGGACGAAGAGGUGCGGACCUCCAGGCGGCGGCAGAAGCGGGAGGAGGCUCUCGCCUCCCUGGCCAUGGCGGAGCAGCGUCAGCAGCGGCUCCUCAUGCUGGAGGAGGUGGAGCAGGUCCAGUGCGACGUCCACAACGAGGCCAAGGGGCGCCUGGAGCAGAUGAAGCGGGAAAGGACCCGCAGCCGCGUCCAGCAGCGCAUCCAGCGCAAUGAGAAGCUCGCCCAGGAGCAGGCCCCUCGCCUGCACUACAGCGCCGGAGCGGAUGAGGCGCGCCACGAGCGCCAGCUGGUGGAGAUGCAAAAGGCCCACAGUGCGGAGCAGGCCAGGCGCCGUCAGAGCCGGGAGAGGGUGAAAAACUCCCGUCUGGCCAUUCAGCGGGAGGCGGAGCAGCUGGCCCAGGCCUCCAGAGAGCAGGGAGAGGCCGACAAGCGGGAAGCCGUCGAUCUUCGCCUGAAGAACGACCUCGUCCACGUGCAGUUCAAGCGGCAGCAGCGUCAGGAGCAGCUCCAGCGCAUGCGGCAGCUGCGCCAGCAGCUGGACGAGCAGGUGCGGCAGCGGCACGAGGAGGAGACGCGCCCGGACACCAACUACAACCGGGAGGCGCAGCUGGAGUGCCUGCGCGAGGAUGCCUUCUUCUUCGACUACGCCCGCCAGCUGAUGGACACGGCCCGGGCCAGGGGCUGUCCGCUGAAGCCCUUUGUCCGGGCCGUGGGGCAGUACAAGAACGAGAACCGCAUUGGGGCGGGCAUCCGCGUGCCCCCGCAUCUGGUGACGCGCCUGUCCAUGGGCCGACGCACUGCCGGCGACAGCCCGGCCGAGACGGCGGUCAAGGCCCAGUCAAGUGCGGAGGAGGCCAAGCUGGCCGCGGAGGAGGAGCAGCAGCGGCGGAAUAUCGAGGAGAAUCUCAAGAAGAUCGAGGCCUUGGUGCUGGCCGAGGCCACAGCCAAAGCAGAGGUCCCGAAGGGAUAAACCCUGGCUAAGGGAUCACUCGCUUGCCACUUGUUCCUUUAGAUCCCCCUCUACACCUCUACACCU